AUGAUCGUUGCUGCGUCAAAAUUAGAAGAGACUCAACCGAUACCUUCGAAACCAACAGAGGACUUCGAUAAGGCGAUGAGCUGUCAUGUAGCUGCUUCGAUAUUGCUCUCGAAAGAGUGGUGCGCAACACCAACGUUAAUACAAGUGGAACCAUCUUUCAAAAAUUCAAAAAAACGAAACUGUUCUCGCCAACCAUCAAAUCCUUUAGAAAUCACAAGACGUCCAACUGCUGGGGAAGUACUUUCGGUCAAUUUUAGUACAGUGCCACCAUUUAGGGACUAUAACCCAUUACCAUCGACACCUCCACCAUCAUACACUCCAAGGAAGCCCGAGUAUCAGGACCUUAACCGGUCAGAAGUAAUACACAGUAAUGGAUAUAAUGCCAGGACAUUGCCGCCUAGACCAGAAUUGAGACGGACAGAGGCACAACUAGCUGCAGCUGGAGGCAACAAUCGAUGUAGAAGACAUAAUGAGUCCGAAAGUAGUGACAGCAGUAGGAGUCGUAGCAGAAGCAGUACAAGUAGCAGCAGUAGCACAACCAACAACAACAGCAACAUCAACAACAACAACAAUAGCAGCGACGAGGACGAUGACAUUAACAAUGGACUCUCAAGGAGGAAUGCUGCUCUUCGAGUAAAUGGUGCUUAUUGUCCAGAUCUUUUAUACGCCUGUUCAUUAAUACUGCCUUCCCAAGAGAGUGAUUCAUCACCUGAACGCCAAAGUACAAGUCGAACAAGACGCAGAAGAAGUCAAUUCAAACGCCAUCAAGUUCCAUUUCAACGGCCUUCAUCGUCGUCGGCAACGACAUCAGCAGCAGUAGUAAUUACAGAAUAUUCAUCAUCAGAUUACGCUGAAAUCGAUGAAAUUUCCCAAAAUAUCAACCCCCGAAGUAAUGUACUCACUCCAGCAAAAAGUACUCCCACACUAUAUCACCAAAGAAGAUCGAUCAAUGAAGGAUGUGUAACGAUAUCGAAUACAGCACAACAGCUGAAUCAAAUGGGUCAGAAUUUAAGCCUACGUAGGCCACGUAUAUCAUUGACUUGGGUUCUCAGAGAGCAACAGAAUCAACAUCAACCACAACCGGAUCAACAACAGCUGCAAAGUAACGACCAAGAUGGUGAAUAUCAAAAUAACAAUAAUCCGUCGACCAUCAGGCUUGAUGGUAAACCGAAUUUAUCGGCAGGUCUGGAGUUCAAGAAAAAACUCAAAGCAAAGCAAAAUAAUAAGGAACAGGAUAAGCUGUUCCCGGAGAAGUAUGUUAGCAAUCACAAUUUGCAGCAGCAAUUGCAGGAGAAACGAGAACCGUCCAAGGAUCUCAUGUUUGUGUGCACACCAUCGAGGCAACCUAUGUCCCUCAAGUCCGGCGAUACCACGACCGCACCGGACUCGACCUUACGACGAAGGUUUGUUAUUGGCGAGACGAAGAAAGUUCCCGAGAAGAAAUGCUUCAAAGUCAGUGACGGAAAUGUUUUAGAAAAAUGCGAGAAAGAAGAAACCUGCAAGUCCCUCAAAGGCACCUACUCCGAGCCUAGUCUAAUAGCUGCCAGUGAAGGCCAUCAUCGUCGACACAGGCACAGGAAACGUCGAGACCGGAAUCGAGUUCAGAAAUUCGGUUACGAAAUUCGAAAUGUAGAUGAGUUCCUGUCGAAAUGCUCACUAGCGUCUCCGGGCAAUAUUCCAGUGGUAUUGUCAUCCUCCAGCACGCUCUACCAAACCCGCCCUGGAGGUUAUCAGAUAGAGAUUCCUCUUCCACUAGGCAUGGUGGUAAACGCUGUUUUCAAAAACCAGAACUGGCUCUAUGUGCAAACUCCUCAUGCUGAAGAGGGUUAUGUGGGAUAUAAUGCUUGCUUGCCACUUGGCAUUUUACCUCCAGCAGCACGUGGGAAUUCCACUUCAAAACCAACUCCCUGCUGGGAUACUAACGGCGAUGUCUUUCCACGUCCCUGUGGAAACAUGACAGAUAGCGAAAAAGAGAUACGCCUUCGGGGUGGCACAAGAUCGGAUGGAGCUCGAACCCCACGUCUUAAACGGAUUCCACCGACCGGUACUCUUGAACACCACGUAGACAAGUUGUACCUCCGAGCUGCAAGCCAACCAAAACUCACUGAAAAAGCUUACGCCCAGUUAAAGUCAACGAAUAUGUAUAAGAAACAAGCUGCAGCUGCCGCCGCGGCCGCAGCCGCAGCCGCUGCUGUUGCAGGUAAAGUGCUAAUAACAGCUCAAACCCCUACAGCCUCUCCAGCAAUAGUCAAUUCAUGUAAUGCCUCUGUCCGCACCACAAACAACGAGUACCUACAUCAACACAAGACAAAGUUACUCCAAAAACAACAAAGUUUGAUGAGCCAAAAAGCUGUUUCAACAGCUUCAUCGGAAAAUAGAAGCCUCCGACAAACUCUCGUCGCUAUCAUGAUGGAUUAUGCCACGCAGAGUAUCACACUAAAAAAGGGGGAAAUCGUCACUCUAUGUGAAUGUCGUGAGUCCAAAGAUCGUCGUCAGUGGUUCUAUGUAAGAACUCGAGAUGGACGUGAAGGAUACAUUCCAGCUGAAGUGGCCGGACAUGGAUUUUUAUAAAAUAUAGUUGAAGAACAAAAAAAACUUAAUGUAUAGCUCAAGGCUUUUAAUCGGUUUUUUUUUGUCUCUAUAGAUAUUGUAAUUUUUUAAGGAUGUUAUAUUUUAUUAUUAUUAUUACUAUUAUUAAAUAUAUGGCUCUUAAUAUUAAACCUACCAAAUGUUCGUAAAUGUAACUUGAAACGAUUACGAUAAACAAAUUACAAUUUAAAGAAAUAAAAGAAAUGUUUUAAGUAAUUCGGUGUAUUUGAUAAGAAAAUGUGUAAUUAUUAUAAGUAUUGUAUAAAAUAAGAAACAAACAAAAAAAUACACACACACAAAAUAAAAA